AUGGCGGCUCCGUACGACUACUCGGCGUACUCGGCUAUGGAUCCACACGUGUUACAGAUGGCCGAUAUUGGAGCAGGAUACUGGGGUGCCGGAACCCCAUCGUAUGCCCCACUUGGCGGUUUGUCACACUAUCCACCGCUCUCCUCCGGCACCGAAACUGACUAUGCCACCGCUCCAGCUGCAUAUCCAUCGCCGGUAGUACCGGCGGUCUCAGCGUCGAAUGGUACUGGGUCAUCGGAUGUACUUGAGAUUGGGAAGUCCAACGUGCAAUCCUAUGUCACCUCAACUUCAAACCCUGCCGUAUCGAGUGAUGCCCUCACGGCUAUGUACCAGCCUCCUACUGUUUGGCCUGGAUAUACAGGAUACAUGCCUCCCGACGAGAAAGCGGCGACGACACCUGGUGCCUCCAGUGCGUACCCGACGCUACCGUUGCCGUAUCCCUUUCCGGAUGGCUCGGAUCUUAAUCAUGCCUCGUUCUAUCCCACUCAGUCAACGCUUUCCGACACACCAUCAUCGACAGAUACCGGCUAUGCAUCGCAUUGUCUACCACCGGCUCAAGUCUCCCCUGCACCUGGACAUUUUGACUACUCCGUAAUGCAACAGGUCCCAUCUGGUUCUAGUCUCAGUUCGCUGCCCAUUCGACCCUCGUCGAAGCGGAAAACGAAGGUCCGAGGAGAAUCUGACGACGACACGAGAUCUGGAGAUGAGCGAGAUGUCGAUCGACGAUCUGCGAACAACGCAAGAGAACGAGUUCGUGUGCGUGACAUCAAUACAGCGUUCAAAGAACUUGGUAAAAUGUGUGGUCAGCACCUACCAAACGCAUCCGAGAAAGCGCAAACGAAGCUCGGAAUCCUACACCAAGCUGUUUCCAUUAUCACCGCUCUCGAGGAACAGGUGCGACAACGCAAUCUCAAUCCGAAAGCGGCUUGUCUAAAGCGACGAUCCGAGGACGAAAAGUUGCCACCGAACGCACUUAUGGAGCAAAAACCACACGAGUAUCAAGAACUUCGUGAUAUUGCAGCCAGAGGUGGAACUUAUCAGAAAGUCCCGCUGGGGAAGGGAGGACAGAUGUACGCGCUCAUACGAAACAAUACCCUAUUCGGCAUGGCUGAGAGGGAGAUUAAGAAACGCUUUCUGAACCCGAGAAAAUAUGGUUUGUUCAGAGUUGAAGGAGAAUACAGGAAUCGCUACUCUCCUAUUGACGACUUAGCUAAACUCUUGAAAACUAAUGAGGCAGUCAAAGAACAGAUGAUAUAUCCAAAUGCUACACAAUAUGCGUGUACGCUGCAGGUAUUCAGAAAUAAUUCAAGUAAUGUUUGUCAGCAGAAAGUUCUGUGCAUACUCGACAAAAAGGCUCCAGCGAAAUAUCAAAUAACAGGAAAGGCAUGUAACCGGGACAGAGACUGCACUUAUAUAAGACCCGCGGUAGAUUGGUUAGUGCCGGAUUUACUGAACAUCCUACACUCUACCUGGUUGAUGCAACUUCUCAUGGGAUUUUUCAGCAGUAAAUGA